GAGCGGCUGCACUUCCUGUGUUCACACGUGUGUAGUGGAGCUGCGGGCUCGGUCCCCGGAGUGUAGGCACCAUGAAGCCGAAAAGAAAUCGAAAGCAAGCUCCAAGCUUCCGCAAGCUCCUGAAGACCAGCAAGAUAAAGCUUGACAACAAGUUGAAGAACAAGCAGUUUAAGCAGGAGAGCUCAGCGAAGAAGCACAGGAAAGAGCAGAAGAAGCUCCGUGAAGCCGUGCGAGAUGUUGGCUCCAAAGCCCAUGUACCCCUGGAGAGGGUUAAGAGGAAACCGCCAGCAGUUAAUGAAGAUCAUGAAUUGGAGGAGGAAUCAAUGCCCCUGGACAUGAUAGAUGAAGAUGACUUACAGCUAAUGCGAGAAAUGGCUCAAAGAGCAUCCUUUUUAACCAGGGACCUCUCCUCCAGCGAGCCAGUCCAUGCCGCAAAACGGAAAGGGGACAGUGUGAUGGAGAAGUACGAGAAGAUGCCCAGACGAAUGAAUUUCGAACCUGAGAAAGAAGUUAUUCACCUCCUGCCCAUAAAAGAUAAAAGUGGCAUUAUCCCCCAGAGUAUGGAGAAGCCAGUUGUCCAGACCGAGGACCAGGGUGAGGAAGAGAUGGAAGCAGAAGAGUCUGAAGUAGUGCCUGCAGAGCCCCUCCGUGUACUCAGCACAGAGGAACUCAUUGAACAUAGGAGAGCCACGCUGGAGCAGAAGAAAGUUCACAUUGCAUCCUUGGCCUCGGCUAUACUGGCAGAUCCAGAGAACAGUAUAAAAAAACUGAAGGAGCUGCGUGUCAUGGUGAUGGAACAGGACUCUACGGUAGCAGUGACCAUCCGGAAGCUCGUGCUGAUUUCAUUAAUGGAAAUAUUCAAGGAUAUCGUCCCUUCCUAUAAGAUUCGCCCCCUGACCGAAGAAGAAAAGGCUUCUAGGGUCAAGAAAGACACUCAGAAACUCCGAGAAUUUGAAGAAGGUCUCGUCAGUCAGUACAAGUUUUAUCUGGAAAACCUGGAGCAAACAAUAAAAGAUUGGAAGCAAAUGAAAACCAAGAGGAACGAAGUGGUGUCAUUGAAGGCAUACCGAGGCCUGGCGGAGGUGGCGGUGAUGUGCCUGUGUGAGCUCAUGCUCGCUCUCUCCCACUUCAACUUCCACAACAACAUCAUCGUCCUCAUCGUACCACUUAUUGACGACAAGUACAAAAAGAUUGCCGAUAUCUGCACAGAAGCUGUAAAGAAACUUUUCCGGCAGGAUAAAUUGGGCUAUUCCUCUUUAGCAGCUGUAAAGAUAAUCUCUGGAUUGGUGAAGAGUAGAAAUUACUGUGUCCGCCCUGAGGUGCUCAACAUUUUGCUCCAUCUAAGAAUUAAAGAAGUUGAUGUGAAAAAAGAUGUAGAAGACCUCGCCCCUAAGCAAAAGAUUAUGACUAACAAAGACAAGAGGAAGAAUCUGUCAAGGAUGCGAAGAAAGUGGAAGAAAGCUGAGGAGAAGCUGGAGAGAGAACUGCUAGAAGCUGAAGCAUCAGAAAGCAAAGAGAAAAAACUGAAGCUGCAUACGGAAACACUGAACAUUGUUUUCUUAACCUACUUCAGAAUCCUAAAAAGAUCGCAGAAAUCUGUCCUCCUUCCUGCCGUCUUGGAAGGCCUGGCAAAGUUCGCUCAUCUAAUAAAUCUGGAAUUUUUUGAUGAUCUCCUUGUGGUGCUAAAUAAGCUCAUUGAAUCUGGUGAUCUCACCUACAGAGAGGGUCUUCACUGCGUGCAGACUGCAUUCAAUAUACUUUCUGGGCAAGGAGAUGUCCUCAAUAUUGAUCCUUUAAAUUUCUACACUCACCUCUACAAAACAUUGUUUGGCUUAAGUGCAGGGUCUGCAAAUGACGAUACCGUGAUCGCUCUUCAGUGUCUGGAGGUGAUGCUCACCAAGCGUAGGAAGCAAGUCUCCCCACAGAGGGCUCUGGCUUUUAUAAAGAGACUUUCUAUUUUGGCGCUACAUGUCCUACCCAACUCAUGCAUCGGCAUCCUGUCCACCAACAGGGGACUCCUGCAAACAUUCCCAAAGACUGACAUUCUGCUUGACAAUGAAUCUCAAGGCAGCGGCCUCUAUCUACCGGAGCUCGAUGAGCCGGAGUAUUGUAACGCCCAGAAUUCCGCCCUAUGGGAGCUGCACAUGUUACAGAGACAUUAUCACCCUGUAGUCCGGGUUUUCGCUGCUCACCUUUUUGCUGGGGCGCCCUCUGAAGGCUCAUCAGCUCUUGGAGCUUCAUUAAGCCGAAGAUCUGCUGUGGAAUUAUUUAGUGAUUAUUCUAUGAAUGAAAUGAACUUCAAUCCACCAGUUCCUGAAACUUUUCCCAGAAUUAAGAAUAAAGGUGGAGCGUAUGUGCUUAGUGAAGACUUGCAGGAGAUGAUUGAGGCACAGCUUUCCAAGGUACCAUCGGCUGACCUGGACUUUGCAUCUCAAGUGAAAGCUUCAAGCUCAUGACUGUGGUCAUAGAAAAGUGACAAUGAACAUCUUAAGGACUUGCGGCUAUUUAUUGAGGACUGUAUUUUCCUGCUCCUUUUGUAUAUACAGAGCUUCAAGCGUGCCAGAAAAACUGUGACAAAUAAAAGGUGUUUUUUAAAUCUGCUUUUCCUUAAUCACAUUAGGUGGUCACCGUACCCUUCAAGAAACCUCGUCGACCCAAGUCGUGAAGCAAACCAUCUUUAUUCUCAACAUAUACAUAUACAACAGUGUUUCAAGUCUGUAUAUAUUAAGUAGUCCAAAUGGAAUAAAAGUAAUUUUACAAAACCAACACCUUUCAAAACUGGCACAAAAAAAGUCAAGAUACCGUCACACUUCAUAACAUGCACAAAUCAGACACAGUCGAGACAUUAUACCAGAAGUUACAAUUAUUACACACACGAAAAAUGCUUCAGUGCCCUUUACAUAGUAAGUGAUACUCCGCCGGGACAGUAGAGUACAUUAAAUGUCCAGAGGCUUGUAGUACAUUGAGCGUUACCAGUGGUUGCUCUAAUACAGGUGUAAAUGUCUGAUCAUUUACAUCCAUUUCAUACAUUACAAAGUUAUGCAGAAUCCAUCUCUAUUUCUCUUCUGGAAGCCGUGUCUUAUGGAGGCUUCAGCAUUUCAAGUUGCUUUGCAACCACCAAUGCUUUGUCUGGGAGACCACUGAGCACAAGCAGCCUGAAGAAGUUUAAUCUGCUGUCCCUCUAUUACCUAAACAUCAAAUUUCACCAGAAAUUAUACCAAAUAAGGGUACGGGUGUGGUAUCAUUUGAUGGAGGCUAUAGGUCUAUAUUAUGUAGCAACUCUAGAGAGCCUGACAUGUUGUUACCAGCGAUGUGUAUACAGUGCCGAUUCUGCCUUUAACGGAGAAGCGAUUCAGUAUGACUACACUUCGUUUGAAAUCUUAAAUAUCAGUUUGUAAAGAGCAAGACACUCCACACAACAUGUUCAACUGUCACACUUACAAGCAAGUGAAAAAGCACAAAACCACAAGUAUGCCAGUCCUCUGUGGCGCCUCUCUAGGCCCCCGCGAACUUGUCUGGCUUCUAGUGUCACAUGUCACCAUGUUUAAUCCUAUGACAUCAGUACGAAGGAAAAUAAAUAGUACAGAAAGGUUUCUGAAAUGUACGACCAGGCGCAAACUAAAGAAACCACCUGCUACAGCGGAACUAGAGGUCCAUAAAGCCCUGCCAGCUACAGUAGCCUUGGCAUAAAACUCUACUUCGACCUUAGCAUAAAGGCAAGCACAUCUGUAAUCUACAAGCCACUGUUUCCGCUCACAAGUCUAAAUAUGCGUAAUAGGAUAAUUACACUUCCAUCCGCCAUUAGGCGGAACGCAUCAAACUAUUUACAUUUAAGGACGUGAUCCGAUUGUCCGUGAUGAAAUCCAGGUUACCGAUGAAUGCCACUACUCUGCCCAGUUUUCUUCAUUUUCCUGGCUCAUGUCGUUAGAUACUGUACAAUGGAAGGCAAUGUGCCAGUCGUGUUCCAUGCUCUGCAUAAAUACUAAGCUUGGAUAAAUUAAAAGUACCACAACUACAGUAGUACCCAGCUCGUUGUGGCACUGCCCACACAUUGACCAAGUAAAUACUAUAGAACUUGUAGGCAGGAUCUAUAUAAAAAAUAAAUAGUAGUAAAAUUUGCUAAUAUCCAAGUAAUGCAUACAAGCAUGGCAUUAACUCAACCA